UGACUUAUCUCACCUGUCAGGUAUCCAUCCAUCACUUUGAAAAUAACCCAAUAAGCUAUGACAGGGAGCCGUGUGAUAGGCGCUGCUAGUUUACCAUUAAUAGGAUGCAUAGCAUUAAUAGCAGCCGCCGUGUGUCAAGUUAUAGCAUUUGCAUGUGCCAACUGGGGAUAUGAUAAAAAUAGAAGUUUGUAUGUCGGUUUAUGGAGAGAUGGGAAUUGUUUCAAAUCGGAUCAUAGGGAAUGUUAUAAGAGAGAUCAUGUGGAGUUUUUUGCUGAAGACUGGUUGAAAGCUGUUCGAGGUUUAGAAUGCCUGGCACUGAUAUUUCUAUCUUUCCCACUGGUAACCCUUCCAAUCUACAUGUACAUAGCAUUGGGACUUUAUUACAGAUGCAUGCUGGGUACUAUGGCUUUGUGCAGUUUGAUAUCUGCUGUGUGUUGUUUGGCUGGUGUAGUUGUAUAUGGGGUACAGAUAACAUCAAUGGACUGGGAUACUUCAUGGUGUCUGUACGUAGCCAUUGUAGGAGCAGCAGGAGCAUUUAUUGCAUUUUUAGUUUUAAUUGUAGCAACAAUAACAAAACGACCAGAAAAAGUCAGACGUGUUGAGAAAGUUAGAAUGUAUACAAUUUACGCUGAUGAAUGAUAUAAAUUAGUAUGCUAUUGAACUUUACAUACUCUAAAUUAGGGAUAAUGAAAAUGCUUUGUACUAUAUAAUAUGUAAUUAUUAUACAAACAAUAUAUUACCAAAGAUGCAUAAUUGUCAAAAUGUAUAUAUGUAUGU